UCCAUUCAAAAAACAGCCUCUGGUCUCCUUCCCCCGUGUACUGCGGGGGGCGGAGAGUUAGCUUUAGCCUUUACGCUUUUUUGGGGUUGCAGGCUUGCUUUCCAGUGGCUUUGGCUUCUCUGUGUUAUGUCGUGCCACUAGCUCGAAACAGACAGUCAUUAUUGUACGAUUAGUCUAGAAAAAUACCAAUUGUAAAUCGGGACAGUGAAUUUCUGCAAUAUUCUCAUUCUCGUGGACGUGACUAACCUUAGAAGUUUUCAGACGAGCAGGAAUAUUUGGAGUUGCAGCAACUGAAUCGUGAAGAUGGUGUUUGUUAAAGAGGAGAGUGAGGAGGACACUGAACCAAUAAAAUACGAGAAACAAGCAGGUCUGAUGAAAGUCAAAGAAGAAAGACGAGAUCUGAAUGAAGUGGAGGAGGAACAUCAGAUUCAGAAAGCUCAUAAUGUCACCGCUGGAGAGAAAUUAGUUUGUUGCUACAAAACUGAAAACAGUUACUCACAAAGCAGCGUUCAAAACACAGAAGUCAAAAAGCCUUUCACCUGUUCUCAAUGUGAAAAAACUUUCAAACAUAAAGGAAACCUUAAGAAACACAUGUUAAUUCAUGCUGGAAUAACGCCGUUCACCUGCUCUCAGUGUGGAAAGAGUUUUAGACAGAAAUCACAUCUUAAUGAGCAUGAGCGUAUUCACUCAUCAGAAAAGCCUUUCGCCUGCUCUCAGUGUGGAAAGAGUUUCAGACACAAAAGACGCCUUAAGAAUCACAUGAUUAUUCACACAGGAGUAAAGCCUUUCACCUGCUCUCAGUGUGGAAACACUUACACACACACAAGAGGCCUUAAGUAUCACAUGAUAAUUCACACAGGAGUAAAGCCUUUUACCUGCUCCCAGUGCGGAAAGUGUUUUAUAUAUAAAGCACAACUUAAUGAGCAUGAGCUUGUUCACACUUCAGAAAAGCCUUUCGCCUGCUCUCAGUGUGGAAACACUUUCAGACGUAAAAGAAACCUUAACAGUCACAUGCUAAUUCAUGCUGGAAUAAAGCCUUUUGUCUGCUCCCAGUGUGGAAAGAGUUUUAGACAGAAACAACAACUUAAGCAACAUUUGGUAAUUCAUGCUUCAGAAAAGCCUUUCAGCUGCCCUCAGUGUGGAAACACUUUCACACGUAAAGCAUCCUUUAAGGAUCACAUGUUAAGUCAUGGUAAGAAAAAGCCUUUCACUUGCUCUCAGUGUGGAAACUCUUACGCAUUUAAAGAAAGCCUGAAGAAGCACAUGUUAAGUCAUGCUGGAAUAAAGCCUUUCAGCUGCUCUCAGUGUGGAAAGAGUUUCACCCGUAAACCAGGAUUUAUUCAUCACAUGAGAAUUCACACUAAAGAGAUGCCUUACGCAUGUCAUCCGUGUGGGAAGAGUUUUAAAUGGAAAACGAGUCUCAAAGCUCAUCUGGACUCUCACUCUCACUCUGAACCAAAGGAAUUUAACUGUGAUCACUGCAGUAAGACAUUUGCUUUGCCAUCAUUACUGAAGAGUCACCAGAAAGUUCAUAAAAAAGAGGAGCCUCACAUCUGUCCUGUUUGUGGAAGGAGAUUUCAAAGGGUUGACUUUUUUAAAAGGCACCAGAAAACACAUGAGAGUGUGAAAAACUCCAGUGCUGUGUAGGGAUGGACUUUAAAGCCCCGGGUAUACUUCGGCUGUCCGCGUUCAUGCACCGUCCGCAUGACGUCAUUUUUGUCAUGCGGAGGGCUCACGGCCCGGCCGCACACCCCGUCCACGUGCAGCCCAAAUUUCGAGACCGCGCGGACAGUCCGUGUGCAACGGCGCAUGCGCAAGCAGUAUAGAAGAGUCCAGUAGGUGGCAAUACGCACAGUAUUGAGCACAGUGUUCAGCCGUCGAUGAAAAGUGUGAAAAGACUGGUUUAAAAACAACAUGCUUGAAAAAAGAGAAAAACACGACAAUGGACGGCGAACUUGACCAGCGUUUGAGUGAAGAGGUUAAAAAGUACUCACAUUUCUACAAUUCAUGUUUGAAAGAGUACAAAGACGUGUUUAGGGCGGCAAAUUCAUGGAGGGAGAUAAGUAAAAAUAUGGGAACGGAUACACCACUUUUCUUCUCCGAUCAUGCUCAGUGAAUGUCCCGUUGAUGAUACGACUCAGUGCUGCCCUCCGAUGUCUGGUAGAGCAUAGAAAAAAACUGUACUGCGCAUGUGUCGAACGCGGUCGUCCGCGCGCAUCCGUGGUGUAGUAUACUUUGAAAGUUUCGAGGAUGCGACUGUACAUGGAAAGUGAAGUAUACCUGGGGCUUAAGGUUGUUUAACUCUUUUUUUUUUCCCCACAAUUUCUGUCAUCUAUUUUUAGUGCUUAAAGUGUUAAUUCAUUCUAAAAUGACAUGUCUGUCAUUAAAUUUGGCAUGAAAUGAAAAUUGACGCUCUUUACUUUGUUAGUGCAUAUUACUAGUCUUGUGGUGAACAAUUAAUCCGUGCAAGUUAAUACACUGAAAAAAAAAAAUUGUUUGUCGUGGUAAUCUUAAUCAAAAUCUGAAAAGUUACUUCCGGUCUGGAAUGGCAUUCCUUCCCUCAUGACGUCAGUUUGAUGGCUUGGGUUGAAAAUGCUUAAACCACUCCUCUGCAACUGUGUGUCUGCUAUGAGUGAGAGACGGAGAGGAGGAGCGCUAAAGUAAAACUCUGCCCUCUAUUCAAUAUUCUGUUUCACUUGGAAAUACAUCACAACACCGGAGAAAAGUCUUUGCAACUUCGGGUACACGCGGACUUUAAGUACUAGACACCCUCAUGUCGUCCCAAACCUGUAAUACCUCAAUGACAGUAAUUUCAUUUUUGGAUGAACUAACCCUUUAUGAUUUGUAUACAUAGUAAGAUACAAUAAGAAGAAAGUACAAAAGGAAAUAAAUUGUUUUGUUUAA